UCAGUAAUGUUUUAUUUGACUUCAUCGUACAUGUCUUGUGUUGAUAUUGUGACGUGGUGCAGCUGCCCUGUGAGUAUGAACGAUCUCUGUAGCUUUAGCGCCCUCUAGCGGAGCCUGGCUGCCAGCGGCGGGAGGAGAGGUGACAUGUCCGGUUGUUAUGGUGAAGCAUUUCCCCGGAGGGGCUGGCCGUGGCAGGCAGGAGCAGCGGGGCAGCCAGCAGCUGACAGUGACGUGCAGUCAAAAACACAGUUGCAGCCAGAAGACGGGUGCUAGCGACCUCUGUGUCCAAUGACCGGCCAAAAAGGUUCCCCAUCUGCAGUGGUGAUGUUUCAGCUGCCGUAGGCCUUGUGCGGACAAGAUUCCAGCUACCUGGAGCCACAAGGGAUUCCCAGGAACUGGCCUCUCUUUUGCAUCCAAGUCUUGGACCAAUGUGGAUUACAAGCGCGGAGGCAACAUCUAGCCUUGAAUGAAAUUUGACACCAACAUAGAAGCGUUGACCAGGUUUCCCACCAAUGGCAUGGAGAGGACUCUGUUGCAAUUGGCUGGAAGGGUUUUGGUCCGGACACAUUUUUCCCACGUCUGUUUUCCUGCCAUGAUCUGAAAGAUGGCACAGAGACACUGCAGUGUAUGUUGCCCCUUUCUGCAAUCAUGGAGAUAUUUGUCAUCUGAUCCCCCAACAUAAGUUUGAAUCAUUGUAUGUUGCAUAGUAUAUUUUUUCCUCACCUAGGCAAUGUCCCACAGGUUCUAAACAGACCUGUUUAGAACCAGGGAUGUAGAUGAAACAACACUUGAAUUAAGGGAAGCAGCUAUUCAGUGUGUUGUGACAUCAUGGCCGCAGACCACAGCGAGUUGCUCGCCGAGAUGUCCACCGUAGGCCGCCUGAGCGCCACCGAACGCCUCAAGCACGCCCAGAGGCGACGUGCACAGCAGCUGAAGGCUUGGGCUCAGAUGGAGAAGGAUGCGGCCCGUGGCUCUAAGGCCAAAGCAGAUAAGAAGAAGCAGCAGCGUACCAGAAAAGUCACCUUCCCCAGCGCCAUCACCCUUCUGGACGCAGCAGCACGCAACGACCUGGAUGAGGUAAGGGAGCUGCUCAACAGUGGAGUGAGUCCAGAUCUGGUCAACGAAGAUGGACUGACCGCCCUCCAUCAGUGCUGCAUCGAUGACUUUGUGGGCGUGGUGCAGUGCCUGCUGGACGCCGGCGCCUGUGUCAACGCCUGCGACAGUGAGCUGUGGACGCCGCUGCAUGCUGCUGCCACCUGUGGGCACACCGGGCUGGUGCAGCUCCUUAUUCAGGCGGGGGCCGACUUGCUGGCCGUCAAUGCGGAUGGCAACAUGCCCUAUGACCUCUGUGAGGACGAGGCCACCCUGGAGCUCCUGGAGAUGGUCAUGGCCGAACAGGGUAUAACGCAGGUACGUAUAGAUGAAUGCAGAGGAGCUAAAGAGGCGACCAUGCUUGCUGACAUCAGAGCUCUAGUUCAGAAUGGAGCGGACUUAAACAGUCGGGAUGAUAAUGGGGCGACACCGCUCCAUAUAGCAUCUGCUAACGGCUACCUGUCAGUGGCUGAGCUGCUGCUGGAGCACAGGGCUGAGGUGGAGGUAAAGGACAAUGAUGGCUGGACGCCGUUACAUGCUGCCUCUUGCUGGGGACAAAUCCAAAUGGUGGAACUGCUGGUGGCCCAUGAAGCCAGCUUGGACACCAAGUCUGUCUUGGAGGAGACUCCCCUUGAUGUGUGCAUGGAUGAGGAGGUCAGAGCCAAACUGCUGGACCUCAAGCACAAACACGACGCUAUCAUGAAGAGCCAGGACCGACAGAAGGGUACCCUGCAAAGACGGGCCUCUAGCACUGGCAGCAGAGGGAAAGUGGUGCGUCGCGUCAGCGUGAACGAGCGCUCCAGUCUGUACCGACGGGAGCACCACAAAGAGGCCAUGGUGUGGCAGGAGAGAGGUCGUCAGCACGAGCCACAAGACGACGACGAGGACCGGCAGACGGACAAUGAGCUGCAUCAGCAUGUUGCUGCAGGUGGAGCCACGUCACGUGCAGAUGAGCCGGCGGUGGCUCCAGGCGGCGAUAGUAGCCUCCCCAGUCUCGGCAACGGUGGGACAUCGGUUUCUCUGUCUUCCUCUGUGCCUGGAGAACAAUGGAGCGGCGGAGGUCGCAUGGAACGCAGCGCCUCCUACCAUCUCAGCCCGGCCCCCGUGCCCGGAGAGGACGAAGCCUCAGAUAGCAUGACACGGGAAAAAUCCCACCACACGUUGGCUGACCUGAAACGACAGAGAGCGGCAGCCAAGCUCAAUAAGUACCCAGCGCCUCCACCACCUUUGUCCCCACCCUUGGAGGAGGAGACUCCUGCAGCAUUAGCCGAGGCGGCGAGCCUUCAGACCCAGCAGGCGACACCCAGCGCUGAGUCGGCAGCAGCAUCCCCCAGUCAGGUGUUCUUCACGCCAGCCAGUGGAGACCCUCCCCUUCUGAAACUGCGAGCUCCCGAGGAGGAGCAGUCUCCCAGCAAAGAGCCUUGCUGUGGACUCAUGUAGACCUGUACAGAAG